AUGUACAGCCAAGCUCACCAAAGCCAGCAUGUCAUGAUGAAUGGCAGCCAGGCCCACCAGCGUUUCAGCAUGCAGAUCCCCAAAUUCCAAACGCAAACCCACCAUGCACAUGCGCAGCAAGCCCACCCUCACGCACACCAUAAUCAGCCUCUUACCCAGCAUGCCUUCUCCGCGGCAGCAUUGGCAACCACCACGCCGCAUUUCACGCCAACUCCUAUGCAGAAUGGGAUCCACGGCAAUCUUGACGAUGACAUCGAUGAGAUGAAUGAACAUUGGCAACAGCAGCUGCAGUUGGCAGCCGAGUCGAGACAGGCUAGCUCCCCGCACUACCAUGCUCGUAGUGUGGCACAACAAGCCAAGGGUAUCCAGAUCGCACCGAGUCAGAUCGAAGUUCAAGAAGUCAGUACCGACGGACGGAAUGGUGUGGUGAGAACAAAGCCAGUUCCGAGGCAGGGCUGGCAUGCUCUUGAUUUCGGUGGCCAAGGGUUGCGUGCACUUUCCACAUCUUUAUUCCACUACAAAUUCCUGGAACAAUUAUACCUUAACCACAAUAAACUGAAGGUUCUUCCACCGUCUAUUGGGCAACUGCGGAAAUUGACUCACUUGGAUCUGUCCGGCAACGAUUUGACCGACCUUCCCGAAGAAAUUGGCAUGCUGUCCAGCCUGAAGAAGCUCUAUUUAUUCGACAACAACCUUCGCACUCUUCCUUAUGAAAUGGGAUACCUUUACAGACUGGAGACUCUCGGAAUUGAGGGUAACCCGUUGAAUGAUAUCCUGAAAGCACAAAUUAUGAAGGAUGGCACGAAGGCCUUGAUCAGAUACCUCAAAGAGGAAAUGCCAGUACACCUUCCUCCCCCCGAUAGAGACUGGAUUAUUCUCGAUGAAACCGCCAACUCUUCUAAUAGCCCCACUGAGAAAGUUACUGUCAUCUCGUAUAACACAUUAUGCAGCACCUCUGCAACCCAAUCGCACUAUGGAUACGCCCCUUCUCGUGUUUUGUCGUGGGAAUUCCGGCGAGAGCUUAUUUUUAACGAGCUCAGGUCCCAUGGCUCGGAUAUUGUGUGUCUUCAGGAAGUCGAUCAGGGAAGUUACAACGAAUACUUCCGGGAGCAGUUGGCGUAUAGCGGCUACAAGGGAGUUUAUUGGCCACGAGGUCGUGCAAUGGGCAUGCAAGAGGAUGAUGCUAAGAAUGUCGACGGCUGUGCGACAUUUUUCAAGGAAAAGAAAUUCAUUCUCUUGGACAAGCAAAUGAUCAACUUUGGUCAGACAGCUGUGCGACGACCUGACGCCAAGGGCCAGGAUGACAUUUACAACCGACUUUGGCAGAAAGACCAUAUCGCAGUUGUCAUCUUCUUGGAGAAUAGGCAAACUGGCUCAAGGUUCAUCGUCGUGAAUGCACAUCUCUAUUGGGAUCCUGCUUUCAAGGAUGUCAAACUGAUCCAGACCGCCAUUCUGAUGGAAGAGAUUACGAAACUCUCAGAUACUUACGCCAAGUGGCCUGCGUGUACUGACAAGACAGCGUUCCGGUUCUCUGAGGCAGAGGAAGAAUCCGAUGCGACGCUUUCAGAGCCUGCUCCGUCGAUGGAGUAUGCUAGUGGCGAUCAGAUUCCACUUCUCAUGUGUGGUGACUUCAACUCUUCGCCUGGAUCCGCCGCGUAUAAUUUGAUCGCGAACGGGCGACUGACGGAAGAACACCCGGAUCUCGAGAAGCGGCUUUACGGAAACCUCAGCCGGGUUGGUAUGACCCAUCCGUUCAAGCUGAGAUCAGCCUAUGGUACAAUUGGCGAAAUGAGCUUUACAAAUUACACCCCAGAUUUCAAGGAUAUCCUCGACUAUAUCUGGUUCUCGUCCACUUCACUUCACGUCUCGGCAUUGCUCGGAGAAGUAGACAAGGAAUAUCUCAAGCGGGUUCCUGGCUUCCCGAACUACCAUUUCCCUAGUGAUCAUGUUGCACUCUUCGCGGAGUUCACUAUUAAAGGGAAGAAGGGCAAGGUUGUGGAGGCAGAUUUUGGGCCACAACGGAAUUAA